UGGGAGAAUAAGGAGCCCCCCAGCAGUGCUCGGCGGUGUAACACGACGCUUCAGGAGUUGCCAUCAUCACAUGGCAGAUGGAAAUUUCCACUCAGACUCCUUGCUUGUUAAAUGGGAAGGGUCUCCAACUCUUGUCUCCACUAGUCCGCCUCCCUCCUCCGCCUGCUACAGCUGUCCGCCGCGCUGAGGUCUUUUCUUCAAGGUAACAAGGUCCAGCCGAGGUUGAAGAAGCACAUCUCUGCCUUGUGAACUAUAAACCCUGAAAUCCAAACUUCUUCGCCUCUCGUUGCCACUAUGCCGGGAAUCGUGGAACGUAUGGAGCUGAGGAAAGUGUCCACAGAUGCUGAUGAUGACAGCACAGAGAGCCUGGACGGCCACUUCCCAGAGCCUAUAGACUCUGAGAAGGCCACUAUCGACAGUCAGUUUCUGGAUGACAACGAUGACGCAGAAAGCCAGAAGUUCCUGUCAAAUGGGAUGAUGAAGAAGAAGAAAUAUGAGGAAUACCAUGAAGAAUAUCAUCCCGGCCACACCUCCUUCGGGAUGUCUGUCUUCAACUUGAGCAACGCCAUCAUGGGCAGCGGCAUCCUGGGCCUGUCCUUCGCCAUGGCGAACACUGGCAUUGUGCUCUUUACAAUCCUCCUCAUUGCUGUGGCCAUCCUCUCCCUAUAUUCUGUACAUCUGCUCCUCAUGACAGCUAAAGAAGGAGGAUCCCUCAUCUAUGAAAAGCUGGGAGAGAGAGCAUUCGGUUGGCCGGGGAAAGUAGCUGCAUUUGUAUCGAUAAUAAUGCAGAAUAUUGGAGCCAUGUCCAGCUACCUCUUUAUCGUGAAGUAUGAGCUGCCUGAAGUGAUCCGAUCCUUCUUGGCUUUAGAAGAAAACUCUGGUGAAUGGUACCUGAACGGGAACUACCUGGUGGUGUUUGUGUCAGUCGGAAUCAUUCUGCCUUUGUCUCUCCUUAAAAACCUGGGCUACCUGGGCUACACCAGCGGGUUUUCCCUCUCCUGCAUGGUUUUCUUCCUGGGGGUGGUGAUCUACAAGAAGACCCUGUUGCCGUGCCCUCUUCCUUUCUUUUACCACCACUCUUCCAACCUCAGCAUGAACGCCUCAGCCAUGUCGGGGUUGUACCCGCCAGUGAACAGCACGUUGCAAAUGGAUUUCUCCCGCGCCGACAUUUCCCCGGCGGUCCCCGGCAGCCACGACGCUCAUCACUCCACCGGCAUCCAUGUCGAGCCCCAUCCUGACGAUGAGGAGAUGUGCACGCCCAAGUAUUUUGUCUUCAACUCUCAGACGGCGUACACCGUGCCCAUCCUGGCCUUUGCCUUUGUCUGUCACCCAGAGGUCCUGCCUAUCUACAGCGAGCUGAAAGAUCGCAGCCGGAAAAAGAUGCAGAAUGUCUCCAACCUGUCCAUACUGACUAUGCUCAUCAUGUACAUGCUGUCAGCGCUGUUUGGAUACCUCACCUUCUAUGGCAAUGUGGAAGCCGAGCUGCUCCACACCUUCACCAAGGUUUAUAAGUUUGACACCAUGUUGCUGAUGGUGCGUUUGGCUGUUCUCACUGCCGUCACUCUGACUGUCCCCAUCGUGCUGUUCCCUAUCCGCUCCUCGAUCACCACGCUGAUGUUCAGCGGUCGAGAGUUCAGCUGGACUCGCCACAUGCUGAUUGCCGCCGCCAUCCUGGCCUUCAACAACAUGCUGGUCAUCUUCGUCCCCACCAUCAGAGACAUCUUCGGCUUCAUCGGUUCCUCCGCAGCCACUAUGCUCAUCUUCAUCCUACCUGCUGCCUUUUACCUCCGCCUGGUAAAAUCAGUGCCGUUCCGCUCCCCGCAGAAGAUCGGGGCGUUCAUCUUCUUAGUAGUGGGAGUCAUCUUCAUGAUUGGCAGCUUGACGCUCAUCGUCCUCGACUGGGUCCACAACCCCCCAGGCUCCAGUGGCGGUCACUAAGCCCCCUUCUUCCCUCCUCACAUUUGCAUUUUAGAAUGCAGCAAACCCUCUCUACCCUUCAUCCCGCCUCGCCUCUUCUGGUUUGCCUCAGCUGGUCCAACAUCUGGGAUAGGGUUUCAUCAGCGGUUCCCUUCCCUUCAUCAAAUUUCAAACAUUGCUCAUAAAACCUCAACUUAUGGACCCCCCCCCAGAGAAUAUCACUGGAGGGAGACUUUUUGCUCGGUUUCAGUUUUUGUCUUUGUUCUGUCGCUGUAAAGUUCUGAAUGUGACACAACACAAACGAGAGAAUCAAAACCCGAAGAGGGGGAAACCCCCGGUUUAACGUGUCACCAGGACAGCCUGAAAUCGCCAUUUUUUUUACCGCCAAUCAUUUCCAGCUAUGAAGAGACAGAACAGAACAAAUGCUAUGCAGUCCUCACCUGAAGCAGAUCUGUGAACUGCGAUUAGCAGGGCUGGAAAGACAAUGUGAGUCCCUCAACCCUUUGUGCACUUGAAGGAGACAUUUGGAGGUGGAGUGUGUCUUCCUCCAUGAAACAAGGAGCACUUCUAGCAUUACGUUUCACUUUGUGUGUAGAGCUAACACACACCCACACACAUACACUCUCAGACAUAGUUAAACUCAUCAAUAACUUUUUUUUUUCAAGCAACUAUCCAUGGGAAAAUUCCUGAAAUGAAUCAAGCAGUAGGCUCACCUCAAAAGUACGGUUAAUUUGAAACUCCAAUCAUGUAGAACAUUUUGUUUAGGAAUUGUAUUUUGCUGCUCUGCUACAAGUUAACAAUCAGAAGCUUUGCCAAAGUCUACACGCACAUACAAUUUUAGUCGAUCGGGUUCAUGCUAGAGCUUCCUCACCGGCUGUUUUCAUCCUGGCUGUGUACACGAAGGAAAGAGAUGCUUUCAGUAUUACUGUCACAGAGGGAUCUGAACAGGCAAGGUAUCAAUGUACAUAAUUGUGUCUGAAAAGAAAAGAUUGUUGAACAUAAUAUCUUUCUUGGCCUCAUUUGAGUUGUAAAAGUUAAAAUCAUCAGUUGGAACACACAGUAUAUACACCUGCUGGAAUAAUUUAUAAGACACUUGAUAUAGGGCUGGACAGCUUAGUGUAUGAAAGCAUAUGUUGUUUUAAAAACAAUGUUAAAUAUGCAGUUUACAAAAAUACAAUUGGACAAUUCAAUAAUGAAUUCAUUUAAUCAAAUUGAGCCAAAACGUGAACUAGCGAAUUUAAAAUCUGUAUGUAAAUUCACGAUGCCAAAUUUGUAAAAUAUUUUUAUAUUUUUUAACUUGUGCCAUGCAAUCCUCAUCACUGCUGUAUAAAACCCUCAUUCUCCAAAACGUCAUUCAAACAAAUGUAGGAAUGUGUUACUGUGCUAUUCAGCUUAAAAUAAUUGUUAAAAAUUUUGGGAAACAUGUUUAUUUGCUUUCCUGCAGAGAGUUAGAUGAAAAUAUUCAAACUCUCGGCAAGUAUGAGGCUAACGUUCCAGCCAGCAGAUGAUCAGCUAGGCAUAAAGACUGAAGCGUAGGAAAAAAGCAAGCUUACUCCUCAAAAACCACAACUUUUUAAAAUUUCCAUUUUCAUACAAAUGGCUGCUAAUGAUAUAUAAUGUUUAAACAACUAAGUGUGAGAGGUGCUUGUUGAGGGACUUUAACUUUGGACCGAGCCAGGCUAGCUGUUCUCCUCCGCUUUCAGUCUCCAGGCGCAAGCUUCAUCUUUUCAUCUCUCUGCAACAAAUUGUUGUUUUUUCCCCCAAAAAUUCCCAAAAGUACUUCUUUAAAGAUUAAUGAUAUUUAAACAAUAUCACACACAUCAUGACACUUGUUGUUACAGAGGAGCUACAGUUUUGAUACCUACAUUAACAGCAGAGGAUGUUACAUUUUAAAAUUUUUAUUUCUCACAAAAAUCCUAUUAUUCAUGUCUUUAAAUUGAAAAGGUGUGUUUUGUAGCUAAACACAUGGGCCACUUCUGACUGAGGAAGAUUAACAUUCAAUUAUUAAUUUUUGUGAAUUUAUUAUCAGGUCAUUAAUAAUAAUCAUUACAAUUGGCUUGUAAUACUGGUGGUAUUCGGUUCUUUUGGUGCUCAUCUCACCUUUUCUGCUAUGCCGUUAACGUGUCACGAACACAUCCAGCCAAAGUGGACAGCAUUAAUAGAUCCUUUGCAGAUCUAUGUACGUGAAACAAAUAGAUAUUUCAAAUGAAAUAGUGUAUUAUGUGCAUGUUUUUGGAUAACAAACAUGGUCUUUUUGGACAAUUGUAUAUGCUUUGUAAAUAAUCUUUAUUUUAUGGUACACUGACACACAUUGUCUGUGAUUGGGUUGUUGGGGGAUUCUGCCUUACAAGUCUUCUGCAAUCCAGUGUUUGUUUUAGUAUAUAUAUAUAUAUAUAUAAAUAUAUAUAACGUGUAUUAGAUCUUUUUUUUCUCUUGCUGUAUGACAGUAGUUUUUUUCCUUUAUUUGAAGCUUGUAUAUUUGUAGAAAAGUUGUUCUCUAUAUAUCCAUUUUGAUGUUUUAAUGUUAACUUGUCAUAUCAGGAUGAAUUAAUCAACGGCCUACUUCAUAACACGGUUUUCCCAGUCUCAGAAACAACACCUUUCUGUAGCUUAUUGGCACCUGCUGACUGACACUGGGUUAAAUUUAAAGCUACAAGUAAGCAGUAUUGAUUUUGAAUGUGUUUCUCAAAAACACUGCUGUAACAUUUAACAGAAGCAAGACGAGAUCCUCUAAAGUAUUUCGUUACCACACUACAGGAAGGUUCUUAAAGGACAGAACACCUUUAUAGUUUGUUAAAAUAGCUCAUGGCUCUUCUGCUAUUUAUCCAUAGGUCAUAUCAUUUAUGCUAAUGGAGUAGCCAUACAGCGAUGCUAACGUUUAGAUGUAUACUUCUUCCACACGAUGACAAAAUGCACAAGAACCUUCCGUGUCUGUCAGUUCUAAAGCUCUACCUGGACAAUCGUACACAGUUGUAGCUCAUAUCUUACUGUGGCUUAUAAUGUAUCACUGCUGUCAUAGAAAAAACCUUUUCUAACCCACCAAAACCUGGUGAGGAUUUAUUUCCAUGACCAUACUUGAACUGAAGCUUUCCACGGCCUGAUGCUGAAUCCACAAGGUCUCUUCAGUACUCGCUAUUAAUGUUCGAUACUGGAUUGUUCUCAAUUUGAAAAUGUGGCUCACAAUCUAAAUUUCUUUACGAAUGUUUGCCGUCAGUGGCUUAUUCUGCUCAUCGGUAGUCAGCGCAACAGCUUUGUCUCUGCCUCAGGUUGGGUUUCGUCUUUAAAUUCUUCAUUUCACCACACCUUUACCCCACUUAGUAUCUCAGGUAUAUGGUCUGGAUGAUUUUUCUCCUCACUUUUGGAUAACUUCUCUUCACCUUUUGCAUGAUUGAGCCAAACUGUACAAUGCUGUUGCAUAUUGUGCUGGCCUAGAUGAGGAGUCGUCUUGUGGAUUUGUAAAAGCAGACAAGUUCCCAGCUAAUUUUGACAGUGUUUAGAAAGCAAUUGUGCAGAACCAUCUGCCUUAUUUUUGUAUGGACCCUCAGCCGUGGAGAAGCACUUGCUCAAUGUUUCUGCUGUUCACAGUGUCUCUGCUUCCUGUGGAUCAGGCUAAACAUUCAGAUUUGUAAUUUUACCCAGACAAGGGGAUGUUUUUUGUAUCAGUGAUGCUGUUUCAUUAUGAUGAACAAUAAAAAUGUGAAAUGAAAA